UUCAACAUCAGAGUGGGUAGUACAUGGGUGGGCCAGAGACUUUAUAAAUGAAAGGACAAGAAUGAGAGCAGAACAAACUCCUAACAGAAGGAGACUUACUCAUGGCCUAUGAGACGGACGAUCAGGAUACUCAAUACUGCUUUCCUGCCAUUAACUCAUCAUGUAUCAAGGGAAAACGCUCCAUACAUGAAUAUAAUAUCAUGUAUAUGUUUUUUUCAUUGCUGUCAGCAUGGACUGUGUUUCUGAACCUGCUGGUGAUCAUCUCCAUCUCUCACUUCAAGAUGCUCCACACUCCAACCAACAUGCUCAUUCUCUCUCUGGCUGUGGCCGACCUGCUUGUUGGACUUGUUGUCAUGCCCCUUGAGGUGAUCAGGCUCAUUGAGACAUGUUGGUAUUUUGGAGACACUUUCUGUAGACUGUUUUUAUUAAUAAUGGGGCUGCUCUUUUCAGCAUCUCUAAGUAACUUGGUUUUAAUUGCCAUUGAUCGUUUUGUGGCUGUGUGCUACCCUUUACUGUACCCACAGAAAAUCACCACAACUAGAACAUUAAUUACCAUCUGUGUUUGCUGGUUUUGCUCUUCAGCUUAUAACAUUGCAAUUGUUUUCAGUAUGUCAAACAGGAAAUUUGCAUGUUAUGGAGAAUGUACAAUUAUCAUUACUUUUGCCUGGGCAGUCACUGAUCUUUUCUUUUCUUUCUUGUUUCCCUGUACCGUGAUAAUAACGUUAUAUUUGAGGAUAUUCUAUGUUGCACUUCAACAAGUGAAAGUUAUAAACUCUCUGGUGAAGGCUGGAAAAUGUGUAACAGAAGGUUCUGUCUGUAGAAAAUCUGAGAGCAAGGCUGCUCUAACAUUAGGAAUCAUUGUGAUAGUUUAUCUGUUUUGUUGGAUCCCAUUCUUUAUUUUGUCUCUUACACAGCAAACAGAAAUGGCUUCCACUACGGCCUAUGCUCUAUUAUGGCUUUUGUAUAUUAAUUCAGGUCUGAAUCCUCUUAUCUAUGCUUUAUUUUACCCAUGGUUUAAAAUGUCUGUUAAACAUAUUCUAACUCUUAGAAUAUUUAAGACAGCAUCAUUUGUUGGACUUGCCUAUAAUAACAAUUAGGGUUUUGGAAUUACUGCCAUUGUUUAAUCACAAAUGGGUAAGUCUGCAUGCUGCACAGAUAUUAAUAGGAUCCCCAAGUGUACAUAUCCAAAAUAAAUUAAAAAAUGACUAUAAUUUAACUUCAAAAUGUUAUGUAAUCGAUGGAUCAGACUGUGUAUUUCUUUCUGAUUCUGUUAGUACAGAAAAAGAGGUCAAAUGAACAAACACACUUGUCACUGCAUCUAUGACAAAACAGUCCACCUGAUAUUUCUUUCUGAGAGGCCCACACUGUUGUAAUGAGUAAAAAAAAAAAAAGUACUUUAAAAUAAAUGAUUUAUUAGUUGAAGGUGAUGACGUGGGAGAGUUGAGACAGACUGAACCAUUGGCAGUGGAAUACUUGAGUUGAGUGGAAUACUUGAGAAAAUAAUAAUUAAAUAUUUGCUGAAUUAAAGUACAUCAGAACGGGCAUUUAAUGGAUAAGGCAGCAGGACAUAAAUGAAAACACAGAGAGCAAAACAAAUGCUAAACAAUUACCAGUACCAAUGUAACAGGGUUGUCUCUGUGUUGCAUUUAAUAAAUGCCUCAACUAACAUGUCUCAGACAUUCAGGUGGA